CGCAGGACGACGUGCCUAGCAGCUCUGCCCAGCAUGCCGAACCCGAACCGGCUCCCAUGCCGUCGGUAGCCCACGAUGUUCAAUUGGAAUUGCCAGAACCAGCGCCCAGUGCAACUCAAAGCGCACCUACCAUGCAAAUGCCUACUCCCAUGCUGGCCACAUUCCAGGUUCCAGACAUUUCGGUUGAGACCGCAGAUGCUGCGGAGGAACAUCCCACUGCGGAGACGGGCACGGUGGAUGAGCCUGUUGAGGAGCUUGCCCAACUUCAAGAGACAAUUGAGCGUCGAUACAACAAACCUAAGCCCCGUGAAGGUGGAGACUCUGAAGACCACGUAGAAGAGCUUACGCAUAUCCGUGUCGAUCCUACGUUCAAGCAAAUCGAUAUCAAGCAGGCCAUGGAAAGCGGUGUUGAACGGUUCGCCGACAGCAUACCCGUCCUGAAGAAAGCUUUGAACGAGUUGUCGAAGAUACACCCGGUCGUGACAGUCGCGGUACUAGCGUUCGAAGCUGUAAUUGAGCUAGAGCUUACCCGGAGGGAGAACGACCGACGUGUAACCGUCUUGUUUGUCGAGAUGAAGGCCGUGAUGCUCGUCAUAACGAAUUUCAAGAACAUUCGGAGUAACGAUAUCGGGCAGGAUGGGAUCGUGCUUAGCGAUCGACUGCACGAACUUGCCGAAAGCACAGCCGAGGACAUCAAGCAGUGCGCCAACUUGUGCGAUGCCUUCCUCAAGAGCAAGCUUCUGCUCAGGGUCCUGAAGGGCCCGCUGUGGGCGGAGAGGUUCGCUGCGUCCAUGGAACGGUUCGCGCGCCGCAAAGAGGAGUACAGCUUGGCGCUCGCGAUGCAUACAGCCAGCACGGUCUCGAAGAUGGCAGUCGACGUCGAGUCGAUCAACUACAAGAUCGAGCUGAUGCACACCCUGUUCGAGAAAUACAUGACUGCUACCGAAAGGAACCUCGUGGCCGAAGUCGAGAAGAAGGGCGGUGCCGCGAAGGUUCGCCAUGACGAUGCCCUUCUGAGGACGCUUAUGGGUGCCACUGCAACGAAAGACCCCGUCGUGGGCUUGAACCUGAGAGAAGAGCGAGCCAAAGGGCCACAGACGGAGGCGGCUCCUGGCGUUAGCAGAAUGCGUACCCAGGCCAAAGGAACAGAUGGAGCGGCCGGGUUGGACAGGACAUUUGGCCUGGAGGACCUCAAGAAGGAACUGCGGGAGGAUCUUGACUACACCAUCGAAAGGAACUUCGCCGUUUUCGUGAAGAAGUACGACUUCCAGGCGCAGCUGAUGAGCGACCGCAUCAUCCACGCAGUCGAAGCCGCCGUAGGGAGUGGGUCCCAUUCGAGGAUCAAGAAUGUGGAUUUGCAGAACUUGUGGAAAGAGAUGAACUGGACUGGCGUCGUGAAGGGCCGGAUUCUCGUCCAUGCCUUGCGCGAACACUACAGCCAGGAUGACCUCGUCCCCGCCUCUCCCACUGCAACUGAGAUCGUCAUGAGCGACAAGUGGACGCUGGAAUACCUGAACAUCGCUUGGCUUCAUCCCAUCUUGGAAGCGAUCGACGACGACACAUCUGGGUACAUAUCUGUUUCUGAGGUCAACAGGUUCAUGCAACGUCUCCCGCCGGAGCUCAACUGGAGCUUGCCUUAUUGGCUAGCAUACUGGGCCGUAGGUUGGAAAUGCGCAACCACGAUGUACCUCGACGAGGUACAGCAGCUCAUCAGCGAGUUUCACCAAUCGCUUCCCUGCGUCCUCGCUAUCAACCGCCCGCCCAUCGACUGGUACCUCAACUUUAUCACACCUUGCUGGACUAUGCUCGCGGGGAUGGAUCGGUAUAACGAUUCAUACAUGUGCGAACGUUUCAACGCGUACAUCGAACAUGAGGAAGCGCGUCUGAAGGCCAACCUGGAGAAGUUCAACUAUCGCAUCGAUGCGCUCGACACCCUCAAACUUGUCAUCGGUUCCAACAGAAUUGAGAGGUGUGCUGCACCGCUAGUGUGCCUUCUUCUGCGGAACGAUGUCAGAAAGGUUAAAGCGGCGAAGACCUUUAUUCUUCCCGAGGACGAGUUCCGCAGCUCGGAGCUAUCAAUGUCCACAAUCGAUAUCGCCUUGGCGGAUCGUUGCAAAGAGCUUCAGGAGACCUUCAGACAGCGAAAGCUUGAUCCCAAGGUCGAAUUGAAGAAAUUUGCGUCAGGACUGUUGCACCACUUCGACAGAGACGACAAUCCUAUUCCCGGGGAUUGGUGGGCUGGCUCGGGCAGUGUCGACUAUAUCUAUUCGAUUUGUGCCUGGAGGAACAUAAACACCGGCGAGGAGGUGGACACUACCGGCAUAACCACACUAACCGAAGUCCCUCUCGAUACAUCAGUGUAUGACGCGGUCGAGCGCGAGACCGAGGACGACCUCACCAGCGAUCCAGCAGUGAACGCAAUAGUCGGCACCUGGAAUGGGUUCUUGUACGAGGACAAUCUCUAUCCGACCCGUCCCAUGACAACCCUAUUUUUCCACGCCGCACCUCCGAAAACGCAGUCGUCCAGCGACGAGUCCACUACCGGCCACAAAUUUGUGGGCGAAGGAACAGACUACGAGGGGUCCGAGUACAGCGUCACCGGAACGUGUGUGGCCUCCGAAGAGGGCGUCGACGUAGAGUGGUGCAUGGAAUACGACGGCGACGUCACCCUCUACUUUGUCGGUCGUAUACUCGACGAGUUCACCCUCGCAGGCAACCAGCGCUACGACAAGGACGUUCCUGGGCACGCCUACCUCAUCCUCAAGAGAGCGCCCGCGGAGUACCUGUGCUACAGACCGCCCCCAUUCGAGCUGUCCAGCCAACCCUAUCCCCUCAACAUCGACUAUGAUGUGACGCCAGAACAGAGAGCGCGCAAUUGGUGGCGAUAUGCGCUCAACGCGGUGCUGCACGACGUCCGGAGGAAGCAAUGGACGUGGUCGUUCUUCGCGGAGCGCCGCCGCGUCCGCCAGUUGUGGUUCACCAUGCGCACCGGACCCGACCAUUCCAACCACAGCGAUUACAUACUCCGGGAGAUGCACCAGUCUGCUAGUACGGCGGACGCACGGGUGUACUACGGUCUUACAGAGUUGGCGAACAAGAUGACCUACCGUUACGACAACCUGACCUGCGAGUCCCCGAACUGCAGGCGGAAUCUGUCUAUCACCAUCGUGGCCUGUCUUGACUGCCUUUCGGCAGACCUGCGCUUCGUAGUCGCCUUCUGCGACGAUCCGGAUUGCUACAUGGCGGAAGGGCUGUUGAACAAUGAUGGAAACCCGCACUUGUCAACGCAUCGCCUGAUCAAGUACCGCACGAUUAUGCUGAUGCCCUACUGGCCGACUAUCAAGUCGCGGGCACUCAGCUAUCUUUCGGACGCGCAGUACACCGUCCCGGCACCCGCCCCCGACUCAGUGGCGGGAGCCUCUCCUGCUGCCUCAGUCGUCGAACUUCCUGCCAAUAACCCGGAACGAGCCAGCGUCGUAACGAACGGCUCGGAACACAACACGCCUGAGGAUUCGCAGGAAAGGAACUCACCGACGCCGACCCAAGCCCAAGAAGAAGAGGGCCCAACGGACACGAAUGCGAAAGUCGAAGCCGAAGUCGAAGUCGAAGCGCAAGCGCAAGCAGUAGCCGAAGCGCCAGUGGAGGUGGAAGAAAGCCCUGAACCGGAGCCGGAGCGUACUACCCUUACGGUGGUCAUGCCCCAGCCCGAGAACGCCGCUUCGAGAUGGAGCCUCCGCUCAUUGCUACACAGCGCCUGGAGAAGGGAACAGGAUGCAUCAGCGGGCGAUGCCAGCAGCACUCUAGCACCGAGCGUGGUCCCAGAUCCAGACCCGGAGGAGACGACCGAUGUAGCUAACGCUGCAACCCCGGAACUCCCAGCGUCAGCGCUUCCUCCCCCCACCGACGAGCACAUCCCAUUCGUUGAGGAGCCAGAAGAGAUGCCUACCACGCCCGACGAUGACGGCGGAGAAGCCGAGAAGGCGCGCAUCCUCGCCAGUACUGACGCGACCUCCGUAGCCGAAACCGCGCUCGACGUCCAAUUCGAAGUCGAGGACAACGCCGGGGAGGACGUAUACAGCGAGGUUGCGUCGACAUACGCCACGGCGCAGUCCAUUAUCAGCAGCCGCGCGCCGUCUAGCGUGCCCUGGUACGAGCGUCCUCCACAGUGCCUCGUGUGUACUGCGUCUAUAGGACCGGGCAGCUGGUACUGCAUCGAGUGCCGAAGCUUCCUCUGCUCCGAGUGCGACGGAAAGCGCCUCAUCCGGUGCGCAGAGUGCUCGAAACCCUUCCCGCAGCCAGCCUGGUUCUACGGCAUGGGUCCUCUCGACGACUUCCGCUGCGACGUCUGCAGCGCCCGCCGGCGCUCGGACACCCCACCGCCCUACUCCGUACAUGUGCACACGCACCCAGUCGUCCUCUGCCAGGCCGCGCCUCCUCCCUCCCCGGCGCCCACCCCGCCCGCCUCGCGCACGCCCAGCCCACCGCCACCAUCACUCCCAGAUGUGGCGAGCGUCGCAUCGCGGCUCGCGGCGGUCGAAGGACGCGUCGGCCAGCUCGACGCGCUGCAGACCCAGUAUGGCGCGGUUGGCGCGCGGUUGGAGCAGCUAGAUGAGCUUAUGGGGCAGAUUGUGCAGAUUCGGGAUAUGAUGACGAUGCUGCUCGAGCAGCAGGCGAGCAGUGUGAAGGCGAGCUCGGAGUAAGUAGGUGGGCAGGAAUGUUUGUAGGAUCUUGUGACUGGACUUUGGAUAUACCUGUGUCUUUGUAUAUACCACCACAUCACUGCUUUGUAUUUUAGGGCAUCGCUAUGCAUAUGUAUGACACCC